AACUGAUCGGGUCGCACAGCAGCAGAUGUGGAUGGCGGUGCCGUCCUCGUUUUUUUGCCCCCCCCUUCUACUUCUUCUGCCCCGCACCUCUGCGCCAAAGGUCCUCGUCGGAUAGUACAAAUAUGAGGUUGUGGUGACUGCUGGUGAACAUCUUGAACCCUCUUUUCACCUGAAAGCUUUAUCCUUCGGCAGAAAGAGAAAGUCUGCAAUGGACAAAGAGCCAGAUUCCGGCGCUGCAGGGGUCUCGGUGGAAGAGGGAUCAAUGCGUUAUCUCUAAGACCUCUACCUUUGUCCCGUCGUCGCAGCCCGUGUCAGUCAAUCGGCGACACUCUAGAAACAAAAGGAUUUAUCUGUUGAGUCCACGAGGACCUCAAGAUGACACACAAUACUUAAUACCAAUAAAUUAAAAGCUGCCCUAUCUUCUCCGCCUCUUUUUGGGCCUUCCUCGUCCCCUAUCUCCUCCUCUGUGCUGGCCUCUCCCCUAGCCUGACACCAUGCGUCCUUCCCUUGCCACGGCGGUCCUACCGCCAAGAACCCGUUCCCACAAUGCACCCAACCUGGCUGUGGGGAGCCGUGAGCACCUGUCAGCUCCGCGGAGGCGCAGCCCCCACCUCAGACACACCCUCAGCCCAGAGAACCUACGUAGCCUGGCGGAGAGGGGCGGAGCUUCUAUAGACACCGCCUCAGUCAUCAGCAGCCCUAUCGGACUCCCACGGGCCAAUAGCGAUACGGAUCUGGUGACCUCCCAGAGCCGGUCCUCACUGACGGCGUCUACUCUGGAGUUUACACUGAACCGCGGCCAGAACCUCGUCAUAUCCUGGGACAUCAAGGAGGAAGUGGAUGCUACCGACUGGAUCGGGCUCUACCACAUUGAUGAAACCAGUCCGUCUAAUGUGUGGGACUGCAAGAACCGAGGGGUUAAUGACCAGAGGGGUCAGAUCGUUUGGAGGUUGGAGCCAGGGCCCUACUUUAUGGAACCUGAGACGAAGAUUUGUUUCAAAUACUACCAUGGAGUCAGUGGCGCCCUGAGAGCUACGACACCUUGCAUCGCCGUGAAGAACCCGGGAGUCCUGGUGGAGGGGCUCUCAGAGCAGGUGGGCACUGAACAUCCUCGAAAACUAAUCAGCUUUACUUUGACAGAUCUACGGGCCAUCGGCUUAAAGAAAGGCAUGUUUUUCAACCCAGACCCAUACCUGAAGAUGUCCAUCCACCCAGGGAAGAGGAGCGUCUUCCCCACCUUCAGUCACCAUGGCCAGGAGAGGCGCUCCGCCAUAAUUGCAAACACUACCAACCCCACCUGGCAUGGAGAGAAAUACACAUUUGUAGCGCUUAUGACGGACAUCCUGUACAUUGAGGUAAAGGACAAGUUUGCAAAAAGUCGACCGAUCAUCAAGCGUUUCCUGGGUCAGCUUACUAUCCCUGUGCAGCGGCUUAUUGAAAAGAUACCCGGGGUCCAGCCGGUGACCUUCUCCUUGUGCCGGCGCCUGCCCACUGAGCAUGUGAGUGGUCAGUUACAGUUCAGAGUGGAGCUGACCUCAACUGGGCCCGACGGUGCCUCUCCUGAUUCCAUCUUUGGCAUUUCAUCAUCGAAUGGAGCUCCUGGAACUCCAUCAGAUGACGAGGAUCUGCCCCACCACCUUCCAGGGUUGGUAUCUGCAGGACCCUCCCCAACUGGUUCCCAUGGCUCCCAGAGCAUGUGGGAAGGUGGGGCCAUGGCCUACCCAGACAAGGGCAUGGUGGUAGGCAGCGCGGAGGCCAGAUUCAUGGAGGUCGAAGGCUUGUUAGGUCGUGAAAUACACCAGAGAUCACUCAGUGAGGGCCUAGAUGCCAUCGAGGCCCCCAAGGGUCCCGGCGAGAGACCCUUAGGUGCUGCCUCACCCAAACUGCGUUCCAGCUUUCCCACACACACGCGCCUCAGCGCCAUGUUACACAUCGACUCCGAUGAGGAUGAGGACAGGUCGGGGGCCAAUGACCUCACUCCUAUACUGGGGUCUCCUCUGUUAGUGAAUGGAGACCCCCCAGAGGUCAGCUUUCCUGAAGAUGAAGACCCUUUUUCAGAGCUUCAGCAAGAGCCAGAGCAGCUGGAGUCAUCAGUGAUAGAGGAGGAACCAGAGGUUGUAGCGAGGGAGGAGGAGCGCCCUGAGACUGAGGUGGCCCCCGAGUUGGAUGCAGAGCUGGAUGUGGAGGACGCUUCAGAGCCGGAUGUGUUCUCUGAGGUGGAGGAAGCCCCGUUUACAGAGGCUGUGUCUCACAACAUUUUGCCAGAAGGCCAAGAGGAGCAUGAGGGGGGAAGGGGAGCAGGCGAGGAGCCAUUAUCAGAGAUUGACACCUGCUCCAUGGCCACAGCCCCACAGACAAUCCUCUCUUCAUCAGAGAGUUUUCCGACCACAAUGACCACCGCUGUGGAAGCCGAGGAGGGAGCAGAGACUGCAAUCGACCCAGGAGGGGACGCCGCCUCAGACAUCCCGCCAUCCAUUGAAGGUGUAGAUGAUGAAGGGGGCGGGCAAGUCGCUAUCAAUGAGGCUGAAGGAGAGGCUUCCGCAGCUAAUGAGGAGGAGCCAGGGGAGGCGCCAGCAGAAAGGAGGCCAAGUUUACAGGCUGCUGGGGGCGUGGCAAAAGACAAUGAGGGGGAGGAGUCGAAGCGGCAGGACGGGACUGUGUCUUUGGAUUCAGAGCAAUUAACCACUGAGACAGAUGAAGUGGAAGGUACCCAAAUUAAUGGUCAUCCUGUACGUUCACUUCCCUCUGUGCGUAAUGACAUCCACCGAUACCAACGUGUAGACGAGCCCCUACCUCCCAACUGGGAGGCUCGGAUCGACAGCCACGGAAGGAUCUUCUUUGUGGACCAUGUGAACAGAACUACCACAUGGCAGCGGCCCACUGGACCUCCUGCCCCUCAAGGCUUGACCCGUUCCAACUCCAUUCAGCAGAUGGAGCAGCUCAACCGCAGGUACCAGAGCAUCAGGAGGACCAUAACCAACACCGAGAGAUCAGAAGAGAGCCCACUCGACCUGCUGCCCGAACCCUCUGACAGUGAGCUGUCGGCCCACUCCAUCCAAGAAUAUCGGCGAGAGAGCACCGUCAGCCAAUCCAGCACGCGCUCACGCCUCUCUCUGCUGCUGCAGUCACCCAGCGCCAAAUUCCUGUGCAGCCCCGACUUCUUCACCGUACUGCAUUCUAACCCCAGUGCCUACCGCAUGUUUACGAGCAACACCUGCCUGAAGCACAUGAUCAGUAAGGUGCGUCGGGAUGCACAUCACUUUGAGCGCUACCAGCACAACCGUGACCUGGUCACGUUCCUCAACAUGUUCUCCAACAAGCAGCUGGAGCUACCGCGGGGCUGGGAGAUGAAACAUGACCAUACUGGCAAGCCCUUCUUCGUGGAUCACAACUGCCGCUCCACGACCUUCAUCGACCCCCGGCUGCCCCUCCAGAGCUCUCGCUCCACUGGCUUGCUGGCCCACCGCCAGCACCUGAGUCGCCAACGCAGCCACAGCGCUGGGGAGGUGGUGGAUGACUCUCGCCAAACCAACCCACCCAUCCUGCCCCGCCCCUCCAGCACCUUCAGUGGCUCCAGUCGAAAUCAGUAUCAGGACCUGGUGCCUGUGGCCUACAAUGACAAGAUUGUGGCGUUUCUACGGCAACCCAACAUCUUAGAGAUACUGCAGGAGAGGCAACCCGAGCUCGCCAGGAAUCAUUCACUCAAGGAGAAAGUUCAGUUCAUUCGCAGCGAGGGUGUGUCCGGACUGGCUCGUCUCUCUAGUGAUGCGGAUUUGGUCAUUUUGCUGAGCUUGUUCGAAGAAGAGGUGAUGUCAUAUGUGCCACCUCAUGCCUUACUCCACCCAGGCUACUGUCUCGCCUCUCCUCAGAGCUCUCCUGGCACCCAGCGAGCUAACGCCCGCGCUCCGGCGCCGUACAAGCGAGACUUUGAAGCUAAAUUGAGGAACUUCUAUCGAAAGCUGGAGACCAAGGGCUACGGGCAGGGACCAGGGAAAGUCAAGCUAAUCAUACGCAGGGACCACCUUCUAGAAGAUGCUUUUAACCAGAUCAUGUGUUACUCCCGUAAGGACCUGCAGAGGAGUAAGCUGUACGUCAGCUUUGUAGGGGAGGAGGGGCUGGACUACAGUGGACCCUCUAGAGAGUUUUUCUUCCUGGUGUCCAGAGAGCUGUUCAACCCGUACUACGGCUUGUUUGAGUAUUCAGCCAACGAUACGUACACUGUUCAGAUUAGCCCCAUGUCUGCUUUUGUAGACAAUCACCAUGAAUGGUUCCGCUUCAGUGGGCGGAUCCUUGGGCUGGCUCUUGUCCAUCAGUACCUGCUGGAUGCCUUCUUCACCCGUCCUUUCUACAAGGGGCUUCUGCGCAUCCCAUGUGACCUGAGUGACCUGGAGUUCCUGGAUGAGGAGUUCCACCAGAGCCUGCAGUGGAUGAAGGACAAUGACAUCGAAGACAUGCUGGACCUCACCUUCACUGUCAAUGAGGAGGUCUUCGGACAGAUAACAGAGAGAGAACUUAAACCUGGCGGGGCAGGGAUCCCUGUGUCCGAGAAAAACAAGAAGGAAUACAUUGAGCGUAUGGUCAAGUGGCGUAUUGAGCGAGGAGUAGCCCAGCAGACAGAGAGCCUUGUUCGAGGCUUCUAUGAGGUAGUGGAUGUACGGCUGGUAUCCGUAUUUGAUGCCAGGGAGCUGGAGUUGGUUAUCGCUGGUACUGCAGAGAUUGAUCUGGCAGACUGGCGGAACAACACAGAGUACAGAGGAGGUUACCAUGACAACCACAUAGUGAUUCGCUGGUUCUGGGCAGCAGUGGAGCGGUUUAACAAUGAGCAGAGGCUGAGGCUGCUGCAGUUUGUGACAGGCACCUCCAGUAUUCCCUAUGAGGGCUUUGCCUCUCUAAGGGGGAGUAAUGGACCCCGAAGAUUUUGUGUGGAGAAGUGGGGCAAAAUCACAUCUUUACCCAGGGCUCACACUUGCUUUAAUCGUCUGGACCUCCCACCAUACCCCUCCUUCUCUAUGCUGUACGAGAAGAUGGUCACCGCUGUAGAGGAAACUAGCACUUUUGGUUUGGAGUAACCUCAAAAUGACAUUACACCGAAGGUGUACCACUGGAGAGAAAGCGAAUGGAAAUCAACAAUUUUUACUGCGGAGAGACUUAGAAAAACAAAACAAACAAAAAAAACAAAAAACAAUCACACUGAAAAGGCAACUAUCUUCGUGGAUAAGUCCACCGUUUUUAACCCUGGUCUCCAAUGGCGUUCCUUCACAUAACACGCAGGCCUCUCUCCAAUUCCCUAACCUUCUCUCGCAUUUCUGAUGGGAUUCAACAAAGUAGAUGACCUCAGAAGAAGGUUAUGGAAUUGUAAAGUGGUUUUAAAAACUGUACCCUUACACUUUUGUUUUUAAGACACAUUUUGCUCACAGGGCCACACGAGUGCUUUAUCUCCUCAGUUAAUGAUGGCCUUGGUUACUGGAUUUCCAGCCCUUUCCUCCCCAAGGGACCCAACCUGCACCUUGCACCCAGAGACAGCUGCUUAAGAAGCCCCGAACUUCCUCCCAAAGGUUCCCCGUCCCUUUCCCUCUCUGGACCUCUAAACUGUGUUAUUUCUAAUGUGGCGCUGAAGUCUUAUCACUAUCAUACUUCAGGACGUAGACUAUAUCUUGAGGUAAAACAAAACGCAUUCAUUCAUGCUUACAUGCACGCAACAGUUUGUUUUUCGGGGUACCGCACACCGGUGUGUACUGCGGG